UAGGAUCUAUGUAGCCGUUACCCGCAGUUCUCCCAACCUAGAGGCCUAAUAAAAAAGAGGCGCCAAUCGGCGAUUCCAAGAUUCCCUUGCUCUUCAAGUUGUUCGACAGCUGAGGGAAAGAUUGUUCAGAGAUUUCUUCGAAGUCCGGAAAGGAAUCGCUGAAGCAUUGCUUUCUAUUCGAUUUCUAUUCGAUUGAUUUCAAGCCGAUCGAGACUCGUUUUCAACUUGGCAAUUCCUCGUUCAGAGAUUGAAAAUAUCUAGCUGCACUCUCACAUCUGGUUUUCCAUCAGCAAAACCAAGAGCCACAUCAAAUUUGAGCAUUGACGUCAGUCAAAUAAAUGCUCCACUAUCUGGGACCGUGUACCGGGUUGAAUAUCUGUUCCAUUCUCGUCAGACCUUUGUUCACUGCUCAAGCCUUUCAUCGCACCAUGAGCGCUACAACGGGUACUCCCUGGGCGGAUUUUGUGAGUCAAUUGGCUCCGACGAAGGUCAAAAUCCGCGAUCCAUCGCACGUGAAUCGAUUGAUUGAAGGCAUGGUUCAAGGAGGAGCCGAGCAAUUGCAAUUGGUGGUGGAUUUCGAUUACACUCUCACCCGAGCUCAUCAGGAUGGGAAACCCGUGGAUUGUUCUUGGGGAGUGAUGGAGAACUACAAAUUCUUGCCCAAGGCUUACUUGGAUGAGACGCACGCUCUGAGAACAAAGUAUCUCAAGAUUGAGCAAGAUUCGGCCAUGAGCAACGAAGAGAAGACGCCCUACAUGAUCGAAUGGUACACACACGCCAAUCGACUUUUGAAAGAGUAUGAGAUCAAUGUGAACAUGUUCCCGAAGAUGGUGGCGGAUUCGAAUGUGGCUUUCCGUGAUGGAACCGACUCCAUGAUGAAUCUGUUGGAUGACAAGAAAGUCCCGAUGCUGAUUUUAUCCGCCGGUUUGGGCAACUUGGUAGUCGAGGUCCUGAAGUACUUCCAAUUGAUGCACAACAAUGUCAAAGUGGUGUCCAAUAUGUUCAAGUCGGAUGCGAAGGGUCUGAUCACCGACUUGGAAGGCGAAAUGAUCCACGUGUUCAACAAGAACGAGAACGCAAUUCAUGAUUCGCCAUACUUCAAAGAACUUCAAGCUCGCCAUAACGUCAUUUUGUUGGGCGACUCCAUGGGAGAUCUGCAAAUGGCCGACGGCGUUGAGAACCCAUCGGCUAUUCUCAAAGUUGGAUUUCUCAAUGCCAAGAUUGAAGAGCGAUUACCUCAAUUCAUGGAUGCAUUUGAUGUUGUUCUCGUCGACGAUCAAACCAUGGAGGUGCCCAUGGCCGUCAUCAAAAAAAUUGUGGCUGCGUCCAAGAUCUAAAUUUCCGUUUUUAAUCUUUGUAUGCCAAGUGAAGUGGCUUAAUCGAAUUCAAGAUCUUUCUAUCCCGUCUCGUUCAAUUGUUCAAUACAAGUGUUAACUAUUCAUCGCGUAUUUAUUUUAAGCCGUUUGUUUAACCAUCAGUCGAUAUUGCACAGCCAAUCUCAAUAAAUCCCUAUUAUCUAA